AUGAUGGCACAACCUGCCCACGCUGCAACGGGCACACUGCACCCAAAUUGGGCCGAAUUAGAGCAUAUUUUGGCCCAAUGCAGAGGCUGUGGCACGUGCCGGUUCGGGGGCUGCCGAGUUCCAUCCUCUACCUCUAUUUUUGUCCCCACAAAAUUUCCCCAGGGAGAAGAUAACUUCACUUACUGUCCAGCAACAGGCCUAGCUGUGGGAAAGGAGCACUCGGAGUUUGCUGGCUGGAUGUUUCCAUUUCCAGGAGUGUUUUUGACGGAGGAGUUCAUUAGUGAAGAUGAAGAGUCAGAGAUAGUCGGACUUAUGGAUCAGGAUGACUGGAAACCAUCACAGUCUGGCCGAAAGAAGCAGGACUACGGACCCAAAGUGAACUUUAAGAAGCAGAGGCUGAAAGCUGGUAGCUUCAUCGGUUUGCCAAGUUUUAGUAAAAAGAUUGUGGCACAAAUGAAGGACUACUCAGUGCUAGAUGGUUUCCUACCUGUUGAGCAAUGUAAUCUGGACUACAUGCCAGAAAGAGGUUCCGCCAUCGACCCACAUUUUGAUGACUGGUGGCUCUGGGGAGAGCGGCUGGUUAGCUUAAACUUGCUCUCAAAAACUGUGCUGUCCAUGUCUUGUGAUUCAGAGGACAGCAUCCAAUUAUUUCCCGUUUUCAGUAAAGAAAAGGGGGAAUUAAGUCCCUUUGGAUGUCUUGCUCAGACGUCAGCACGCGAAAAUUCAAGCAAACAGAGAAUUAGCUGCACCUCGUCCCCAAGGCUUGUUCCAAGUAAAGAAGUGACUGUUGCCAUUCCCUUACCCAGAAGGUCCCUGGUGGUGCUUUACGGUGACGCACGUUACAGGUGGAAACACGCGAUCUACCGCAAGCACAUAGAGCAUCGCCGAGUCUGUGUCACGUUCAGAGAGCUCUCCGCAGAGUUCAGCACCGGAGGAAAGCACGAGGAGCUGGGGAAAGAACUGCUGGGAAUAGCUCUGUCAUUUCAAGGAAGACCAGUAUGA